GUAACCAUCCCCCGCGAGCGAAAAUACUUAAAGGAAGCACCUAGAUCUAAACAGGUAUAAUCACCUGUAGACUUUUAGUGUCUAAAUAGGACGGGAGCAGGUUGGUUUCUGCGUGAAGCGAGUUUCCCACCACACCCCAAUACACACGCUUAAAUAGCGAACGCCAUUCUAAAGCGGCCUGGCUACUACUUGAAUAGAAAAGGAUCAAUACGACUAUUGCGAGCUCGGUGCUGCGUAUUUGUCACCCAAGCUCUUUUAACAAAAGGCCGCGCAAGUGCUACUGGGAUAUUGUUUAACAAUCGAAACUCCACAUUGAAUACACCCUAGUAGAAAGAUAAUCUAACCAGGUCGCACACCCAGUUACACAGGUCGGAAAAACUAGGCGAAAAGACGCUUCUCGGGGGAGAUUGCGAUUUCUCCUUAACCAAUCAUUAUGACGAACCUUCAUUUUGGGAUUUUGGUUGUUUUAAUAUGUCUAGGAAACCUAGCAUCAGCAUCCUUUAGCAACGAGGGGACCGAAUUUUAUGUAGGAUUUAUGGACAAUGAUUAUGGUGAUGGUCGUGAUAUGUACCUGUACAUGACGACUGGGUCUAACACACCGGCAGAAGUCACUGUCACAGCUCCGAAACAAGAUACCAAUUUUCGUAAAACAGCACAGGUAGCAAGGGGACAGAGUGUGAGAGUCUCCAUACCAGCGAACUUCAAAGCCACAGGCAGUCAGGUGGAAAGCAAGGGUAUUCACGUCAUGUCAACCCAACCCAUUUCACUGUAUGGCCUGAAUCAGGAACAGGGGUCUGGAGAUGCGUUCACUGCGAUACCCGUGACUGGCCUUGGUUCAAAAUAUUCCGCCAUUACAUGGUCAAAUCAAGGACAGAUUCUCGUGGUUUCCACUCAAGACCGUACAGAAGUAACAGUUAAGCUGCCGGGCAGAGCCAAUAACGCCAUUACCUACAAUGGUGUAACACAUACUGGUUAUGCCGUGUUCACAGUGACUAUGUCAAGGUACCAAACCCUUCACCUCCAAAGCGACGAUCUCACUGCCACUCAGAUUGAGGCUAACAGCGCUAUUGCUGUGUUCUCUGGAAGUAAAAAGGUACAAAUUGAAGGCACUAUGACGUCCGACCAUCUGGUUCAACAGUUGACUCCCUAUGAUGCUUGGGGAAAAGAGUUCCUAAUUUCUGCUCCACCUAAUUCACAGAAGUAUAAAAUGAAGAUUGUGUCCCAAGACAGACAUCCAAAUAUAGGUAGAGUAUACAUUUCCGGUGAGGCCGCUAGUGGUACGUUUGUGACCGAAUUCUACACCUUUGUCAGAGACUACCAGAGUAAUGUUCUCAGACGCGUUUGGUCCGACUCUCCAAUUCAAGUCGCCUUGUUUACACAAUCCAUGGAUUCCUCCACAAAUAUGAUAGAUGCCUCCAUGGUGUUAGUUCCACCCGUCUAUCAGUACAGAUCUAGGUAUACCUUCACCACAUUGGGACAAACAGCUGCAGAAAUGUCCAGUCACAUGACAAUCUAUGUUGCGAAUGUUACAACAAAUGCCGGUACACUGAGGAUGGAUGGCCAACCCAUGAAUAUGUCUUUUACUAGAAUGUCGUCAACUAAUUAUUAUGUGAGUACGAUGCCAGUCUCACCUGGAGCUCAUGAAAUCUACAGCACUGAUCCCCUGACAAACUUUUACGGUAUCAUGAGUGGUUUCCAUGCCAGUUCAAAUGGUAACUACUAUGUUACUUACCCUGCAGGGAUGAACGUGGCCAAAAACACAUUGGGGUGCAGUCCAUUUGUAGGGCAGAAUAUUGUGGCUGGAAACCAAGUCGAUGAAGACUGUGACGGAAGAGUAGAUGAGGAAAUCAAAAAUAAUAUUGAUGAUGAUGGGGAUGGAAAAGUAGAUGAAGAUCUGUCUCUUCCACCGAGAGCAAAUGGUAACUGGGGAUCCUGGGGUAGCUGGGAGGCGUGCAGUGUCACGUGUGAGAACGGGACCAAAAGCAGAAGAAGACAAUGCAACAGCCCAGAACCAACCAAUGGCGGUCUCGCGUGUCCAACUGAUGUUCAGGGUGACACAGAUACGGUACCAUGUUCUUUACAACGGUGUCCAGAAUGUGAUCCAGCGGCGGCAGUAAGCUGUACUAGUAAACCCAACACUGUCUGCAGUGCCAACAGAUUUUGUGAAUGUGAGCCUGGAUACAGAGACACCACCGGCCUCGGGCAGUGUGUGAAACGUAAAAUAGGCGAUACAUGCGUUUUGAGCACCGACUGCAAUACUGUUGUGGGCAACAGCAGAUGCGUAGAGGGGAGAUGUGUGUGUUCCGUUGGCUACAAACCAGGACCAGACAACACGGCUUGCGUACAGCUUACGGUUGGAGACGCAUGUACGUCAACUGACCAGUGUGACGUGGUGAUGGAUCACGUGACCUGUGGAACGGGAAAUACCUGUCAGUGUAACCUUGGAUACAUAGCGACCAGUGGGCAGUUACAAUGUCGAAAGAGAGUUGUAGGAGAUAGUUGUUCAACAGACGGCGAUUGUAGCACUGCGGUAACAGGAACGACUUGUUCCACGUCUACCAGGCGCUGUACAUGUGCUAUAGGGUACCGCCCCAGUACAGACAGUACUUCAUGCUUGGCACGCGUGAUUGGUGACACGUGUCAGUUAGACGAGGACUGCUCCACAAUCCCACAAUCCCAGUGCCAGUCUGGAACCUGUCAAUGCGAUGAUGUUUUUCUUGCGUCCGGAUCUACCUGUAGACCUCGACUCAUUGGAGACACCUGCAGCAGCAGCAGCAACGGCAACGAACAAUGUAAUGCCUCCGUUAGUAACAGCGUGUGUUUUCAGUCACGAUGCAAGUGUGAGCUUGGCUAUUAUCCGAGCACUGAUUCGACGACCUGUAGAAAACGUACCAUUGGGACCGCCACCUCCUGCAUAGUGCAAGAAGAUUGCACAGCGGCCAUACCUAACAGCCGUUGUGACGAGGGGGUUUGCAAUUGCAACGACGGCUUUUACUCUCCUACUGGAAACUCGUGCAUAAAACGAAUGAUCGGGGACACAUGUCAAAUGGAUCUCGACUGUUCAACUGUAAUCCCUUUCGGUGUGUGUUUGAGAGGCAGGUGCUCGUGUCCCAGUACUCACAUAACAUUCAGUGACCUCACUGGUUGCCGAAUCAGGUUGAUAGGAGAUUCUUGCUCGGAUACAAAUCAGUGUGAAACAGCGAUAAGAAACAGUAGCUGUGUAAACUCUGUUUGUCAGUGCGACCUUGGUUACACCGCAAGUCACGAUAAUUCAACAUGCAAUAAACGGACCAUCGGGGUUCAUUCCUGCAGUGCCGAUACCGAUUGCCUGUCCGCCGUAAGGUGGAGCGUGUGUAGGGAGAAUGUGUGCAAGUGCUCCGAUGGAUAUGUCCCCACCAACGAUGGAUCAGCAUGCAACAUGCGCAAAAUUGGGGAUCAGUGUCAAAAUGCUUUAGACUGUGCUCUUAUACGUGAAAGUGUUUGUGGCACUUCAAACAACUGCCAAUGUAAUUUAGGCUUCACAGCAACUGAAAACAGAACUGCCUGCAGACAACUGCAGAUAGGUGAUCCGUGCACAAACCAGCAGCACUGUGAAACGUCUAUUCUCAAUGGUGAAUGUCAUAUUCACCUGAGCGUUUGCGCGUGUCCUCUAGGCUACCAUGCUGAGACAUUAAACCGCUGCGUAAAACGAAAAAUAGGUGACGCCACUUGCAACAGAUCAGUUGACUGUAGUGAGGCAGUGGAGGGAAGCAUGUGCAAAGAAGGGAUUUGUGCAUGUAUGUCGGGAUACAAGGCUUCUGCGGACAUGACUACAUGUAGAAAACGCAUGAUAGGGGAUAAUUGUACGAGUGUUGCGGACUGUACGUCUUACAUGGAGCACAGUGAGUGCGUGGAGGGAAAAUGUGCUUGUAAUCCCCAGUACUUGCCAAACGAGGACCGAAGCAAUUGCAGAACUCGGGUACUGGGCGAUCCUUGUGAACUCGCGCAGUCCACCACUGCCCAAUGCAACAUAUCGGUCUCGCACAGUAUCUGCGAGAAUCUCGUCUGUGUUUGUGAGCCCGGGUACUCAAAGAGCGUUGAUGGCAGGGCAUGUAUAAAAGAUGGGCCAUGCUUAACAAACACGGAUUGCAACGCCGUUCUGCUUAACAGUUUUUGUUUCAAUGGAAGGUGUAUAUGUACUGACGGAUAUAAGCGCAUGGCGCUUCCAAGCGGAGAGGAAUUUUGCCAGUCACGCCCACUGAAUGACCCAUGUCAAAGUACAGGAGAGUGUUCAGCAAUUUUGCCAGCAAAUAGCUCUGAGUGCAGGGACAAUGGCGGGAAUAAGCGAUGCUUAUGUAGCGAUAGUCACAGGGAGUUCAACUCUACACAGUGCAGGCGUGCACAAAUCAACGACACCUGCGAAACGCCACGAAGUACGACGAUGUGUACCGACCCCAUUCCUUUCAGUGAAUGUUCGGAUUCCAGAUGUGUGUGCAAGGCAGGUUAUAUGGCAUCCGCAGACCGAGCGAGCUGUACUAAGCGUGCCGUCGGCUCACCGUGUUCAACCAAUAAUGACUGUCAAGCAGCCGUGGUGGACAGUUUGUGCAGUGACGGAACAUGCAGCUGCAAGCAAGGAUACAAAUAUAUCUCUACAGAGAGUGCAUGCAGAAAACGUCAAAUGGACGAUGCUUGCAGCAUUCCUGAGGAUUGCUCAGCGUCUGUGGCCUCCUCAACGUGUUCUAACGGAAAAUGCGCCUGCAUUAGCGGCUAUGUACAAGAAAGCAAAUCCAAAUGUAGGAUUAUUCACAUCGACGACAACUGCACCGUAAAUGCCGACUGUAGCGCGGUGAGCGGAGAAGCCGAAUGCAAAGCGCAAGGCACCAAAAAUAUGUGCAAGUGCAAGGACGGAUAUUAUCCUAGCGACUACAAGCUGUUGGCCUGUGCUCAAAGACAAGUGGGAGACAAAAACUGCGAUAAACCUGCCGACUGUUCUCAAGUCAUCCCUCAUAGUACCUGCUAUAACAAUGAGUGUGUCUGCGUUGCUGGCUACCGAUCAACACUAGAUGGCAAAGGCUGUAGAAACACUCUAGAAAACUGGGAGAUUGCCCUUAUCGCUGCCGCCUGUGCCUUCGUAUGCUUCGCCAUCCUCUGCUUCCUACUCGGCUGGUGUGGUAGGAAGCGCAUCCGUCGCAGACACAGCAUGAAGCAGUUCACCGGCGCUUGGCAUUCUUCUAUCGAAGACCUUCGUGUCUCCUCCGCCGCUUCUGACAGCACUUUCAAUAAAGAGGACAUGAAGUCGUGGCCAGCUGAUGGAAUGACAGAGAGGGAAAGAGUGGAGACCAUGUCCAAUCCUGUCUAUGAGACCAGUGAAAUUAAACCCUCAGACGUUGGACUGGAGUUUUAGACAUGGUAUCAAGUAUACCUGUUUUUAGAAGAGCCGAUCGUACUUGAUAUAAUGCACUUCCGUAAUCGACAAUUGCAUACCCAAAAUGCUCGUUUGUAGCGAACGAUAGCAUUUACAUCACUUAAUGUGGGCAAUUACAAGUUAUUUGAAAAAAUAUAUUUUAGCCAACAAAGAAAUCCUGCGAACAGUCUCUUUAAUGUAAAUAUUUUGUAAACUUAAUGAUGGAUUUAGCAAACUUGCCCUUGCAAACUUGUCAUUAAGGCGAGAUAGAGUUAAGGUAUUCGUUUUAUGAGUAUUCUAUAAUGUGGAAGUAAUCACUGAAAUACCAUAAUUACAAAGGGGGUAUCAAAUGGUCCGAAACUAAAGUCACAUAUCACAGGCUUUCAUAUCUGCAUUGGUCUAUCUGCUUAGAACGGUAUGUUCUAGGGUAACUAACUUCCCGUUACGUGCCUACAUAAUCGUUUGUUACACACAUGUACAUUCCUUCUGCAAUGAAUUUAUAGAUGAGAUGUUUGGUAGAAUAGGUUGGUCUAAUGCAUUUUUUUAUUUCGUGUCUCAACAGAAAAAUUAUUGUUACUUACAAAAACGCCUCUUGUUGGCAGAUUAUUUUAAUUACACAACUGCAUCAAAGGUAUAUUUGCGCUUAGUAUACUUUUACAUACAGUGUCACGUACAGUAUGUUAUGGUCUAAUAUUACAAGGCGCGUUAAUCCCAAGGGUCUCAAAUACUCCGGGAAGCAUUUUGAUUUUAUUAAGAAGUGAAAUAACAUUUUAUAACCAUUCACGUUUUCUAUACUUUCACAUUUACAUUUUACUUUGCAAAAUAGCAUUUUAUAGAGAUAAAUAACGACUACCGAAAGGCGGCGAGUUCCCAUAUAUGUAGAUACACGUUUGUACUUGAACAUAUUGUACAUAAAUAUUGUAAGACAAACUUUUGAGCAGCUAAGUGCUGCUUAGACUAUGCAAUCGAGAAAAGUCUACACCGUUAUCCGGUCACAAGAAAAGAGUGGAAACUGAGUGUUUUUCCAGUUAAGUCGUUUUCAGGUGAGAACUCCUGUAAAUACUCUUUAAUACGUAUUUUUGUAAUGCAUAGUGCCCAUUUUAAUAAAGAAUAUUAGGGCCUUCA